AAAUGUCAACAUAGGACAGAAGAGGGAAGACAUUGGGCCACCAACCUGGGUGGGGUCUUUUCAUGGUUGGCUCAUUAUGAAAACCACUUAGACGUCUACUGUCUCUGUAAUGACAGAAAGACUAAUAGUAACUGUACAGUGAUGUACUGUGUGAGGAUGACACCUCAAAGUGACCGGACCUUCCCACAUGCCCUGUGUCUUCCAGAAACUAUGCUGAGGCAAAACAAAUGCUGACCUUCCCCUGCUCCAUCACUGUAAGAGAGAAACCAUUGUGUGUAAAGUCAGGAGCAUGAACUAGAAACCAACUCCUAUCUGGGAAGGAGUCAUGAGCAUCUGGGGAGGAGCUCCACCCACCAGCCAUCAGAGGUAGCGGAAAAGAAAGUGCAUUGGGAAAACUGUGUGUACCUGAGCCAAGGAGAGAUGACCUUUCAGGAAUUUACUGACAUGAACUUCCCUUUUGGACUCCUCCGUCGGCUCACAUUUGAACAGUUGGUCCACCUUUGGUGACAUUGCUUGAGAAUGUGGUUGAACCUCUAGGAGGUUCAGCCUUGCCUGAGUGGGUUUUUGAGCAUUUAUAGCCUCUGCCACUUCCAGUGUGCCGUGCCCUGCCAUGUGAUUAAGAUGUGCUCUCUUAUCUUCUUGCUCCUGCCACCUGCUACCAUGCCUCACCUGCCAUUGAUGGACUCUCCUCCCUCUGGAAGCCAAAAUAAACUUUACUAUAUGUUGCUUUCAGCCACAGUAUUUUGACAUAACAACAAAAAUGUAACUACUGUAGAUCUGCUUUUGAUUUUUUUAAAUCUAGUAUUGUGAGUCGGUACUGGGAUGGACAAUAACUAACAGGAGGAAGUGGCAAUGCAGCAAGGUCUUAAGGCCGGCUCCUCUGCACGGGAUGUCCUCAUUGGUCCAUACAGGGUCCUCAAGACCCUUGGCACAGGCAACUUUGCUCAGGUGAAACUGGCCGUCCACCUCCACACGGAGGUGCAAGUUGCUCUGAAGACUCUGGAAAAGGAUAAAAAGAAUGCUACUCUGAUUUCAAAUGAGCUAGAGAUCAUGAAAUUAGUAGACCACCCUAAUAUAACCAAAUUGUUCCAUGUCAUGGAAACCACUGAACACAUCUGCCUGGUUAUGGAGUACGCCUCUGGUGGUGAUCUGGCUGGUCGCAUCAUAGAGGUGAGCUACAUUCAUGAAGAGGAGGCCCGACACAUCUUCACACAAAUAGUUUGUGCAGUGAGUUACUGCCAUGAGAAUGGCAUUGCACAUAGGGACAUCAAACCAGAAAACAUUCUGAUGGAUGCAAAUAGAAACAUCAAACUGUGUGACUUUGGUCUGGCCAUCAAGGUUAACACAGCGCAGAAGUCGACGGUGUUCUGUGGCACCCUUCCAUACUGUGCUCCAGAACUUUUCAGCAUCCAAAGCUAUGAUCCUAGGGCACUUGAUAUCUGGAGCAUGGGGGUAGUACUAUACAUCAUGGUGACAAAACACUACCCAUUCAAAGCAACAACAUAUGACAAGAUGAAGGAGGAGAUGCAAGACCCACAUUACUAUAUUCCACCAAAGCUCCCAGCCCUCAUUGCCAACCUCAUUGUGCAGUUGUUCACUAUUGAUCCUAUGCAGAGGCCCAAGAUAGGUGACGUUAUGGAACAUCAGUGGCUACAGGGCAGUGAGGCGUUUUCAAAAAUGAACCUAUCCCAAGAAACACCGACUAGCAAGCCCAACCCCAGUAUCAUGGCAGCGAUGGGGGCCAUGGGCUACAGCCCUGAGGACAUCAGAGACUCUCUAUAUAAACAAAAAUUUAAUAGCAUCAUGGCAACUUACUUAAUUUUAAAACAUCAGUCACCCCGUGGGGACAUUGCUAACCACAAGGUUAAACUCAGGCAGCCCACCAUUGGCAUGAUACCCACAGAUCCCCCCACUGUCCAUCUCUUCCUAAAGAAGAUAGGGAGUGAGCCUGACCAUUCCACUUCUGCCUCUCCAGCAAAAGACCAGUCCCACAACGAUGACAAGCUUGUAAGGAAGGACAGCAAGAAUCACAGCAUGACCAAUGUUCCGUGCUGCCAGAAAAUGAGCCUGCUUCCCCAAACAGCUUCGCAGUGCGGUCCUGUGCAGCAUCACCAGGAGCUUCUCUUGAAUAGUAGCUUGCAGAAGAGAGACGUGGCUUGUAGUGCUGUGUCCUGUGGUCCUGUGCAGAAUGACCGUGAGCAGCUCUUGAACAGCAGCUUGCAGAAGAGAGACAUGGUUUCUAAGGCUGUGUCCUGUGGUCCUGUGCAGCAUGAUGACGAACAGCCCUUGAACAGAGGCUUGCAGAAGAGAGACGUGGCUUGUAGUGCUGUGUCCUGUGGUCCUGUGCAGAAUGACCAUGAGCAGCUCUCGAACAGCAGCUUGCAGAAGAGGGACAUGGUUUCUAAGGCUGUGUCCUGUGGUCCUGUGCAGAAUGACCAUGAGCAGCUCUUGAACAGAGGCUUGCAGAAGAGAAACGUGGCUUGUAGUGCUGUGUCCUGUGGUCCUGUGCAGCAUGAUGAUGAACAGCUCUUGAACAGAGGCUUGCAGAAGAGAGAUGUGGCUUGUAGUGCUGUGUCCUGUGGUCCUGUGCAGAAUGACCAUGCACAACUCCUGAGGAGCAGCUUGCAGAAGAGAAGCACAGCUUCCAGGGCUGUAUCCUAUGGCCCUGUGAAGUAUGAUGAUGAGCAUUCCCUGAGCAGUAGCUUACAGAAAAGAAACACAGCUUCUAGGGUUGUGUCUUAUAGUCCUGUGCAUGAAAACCAUGAGCAGCUCUUGAACAGCAGCCUGCAGAAGAAAGACGUGGUUUCUAAGGCUGGGUCCCGUGGUCCUGUGCAGUAUGAACAUGCACAACUCCUGAGAAGCAGCUUGCAGAAGGGAAGCACAGCUUCCAGUGCUGUAUCCUGUAGUCUUGUCAAGUAUGAUGAUGAGCAACCAAUGAGCAGCAGCAUACAGAAGAGAAACAUGGCUUCUAGGGUCAUGUCUUGUGAUUCUGUGGAAUAUAAUGAUGAGCAGUUCUUGAGCAGCAGCUUGCAGAAGAGAAACAUGCCUGCCAGUGCUGUGUCCUGUGAUCCUGUGGAGUAUGAUAAUGAGCAGCCCCUGAGCAGCAGCUUGCAGAAAAGAGGCAUGGUUUUUAAGGCCAUGUCCUAUGGUCCUGUGCAGUGUGUCCAUGAACAGCUUCUGUGCAGCAGCUUCCAGAAGAAGACAUCAGAGGCUGUGUUCUGUGGUUCUAUGCAGCAUGACCAUGGACAACUCCUAAGCAGCUCCAUGCAGAAGAGAAACAUAGUGGCUUCCAGGGAUGUGUCCUCAGGCACAGCGUCGUCCAUGGGUACUCUUUCUGAGUACCACACCUUCCAGGAGGAUCCCCAGGAUGAAUCCCUGACUAAGUGCAGCUCAUACCUCUCCAAUAUAUCAUCUGUAUGGAGCUCUGAGGAUAUGACUACUACAGAUAGUCAUCACAAGGACAGAAGCUUGUCCUUGCAGGAAACAUCUGAACCAGAUUUUGCCAGUACCUCUCCUCAGAACCUAUGGGGUGGGUGGAAGCAGGUGAAGAGAAGGACAGCGAAGUGUUUAAGGAGAUUAUGCUGCUGUCUGCCAGCCCAAAGGAGAAGCUGCACUUCCCAGAGGAGAGUGGUUCCAGAGGAGGCAGGAGAAAGUGAAGUUACAGAAAACCAGGUGUCAGGGGACAGUGGAGUCACACAAAACCAGGACAUUAAAGAUUCCUGUGUCAGUGGGGUGCAGGAGGAGGUACUGGAAGGCUCUCAUCAUCUUCAACCUUAGAUUCUCCCCAUCUCCUCUGUGCUCUCAAAUUCUGUGAAACCUAGCCAUGAAGCUCAGUCUGAGAUGGCACCUUGUUGAGCUGUCAUGAGAUCCUGUUGGGAUGGAAGUCUCUACAUGAGUGGCAGAGUGCGGGAGACAGGGAGGUUGUACAGCUCUGGAGCACCAGUUCAUCUCUACUGCCAGGAGGUGCAGCAUUGUGUGGUGCUUUCCCAUAAUAGAGUGGUGAGAUGGAGCAAGUGUCAUGGCUAGCUGAAUGAAGAGGGCAUUCUUCAAAAUGGUUCCAAAAUCUUACUGUCCCUGAGCUGUGGUGCAUUCAAGGAGGUGAAACUUGCAUGCCAUGUUCCCACUCAUAAACAAGUAACUGACCUGGAGAAAAGCAACAAACUUGUAUGACAUCACCUCUGAGGUAGAACUCAUUAAAUCAUUGGAAGAUCAUCAGAUUCUUUCACAUGGUUGAUACACCCUUAACCACUUAUAUGAUAAUGAAGUAUGUGCUGGGGAGAAGAACUGGAGAGGUACCUGGGGGAGCUGGCCUGCAUUUAGGAGGAGGCGUAAUAGAUUUUCCAGCAGGUUAUGUCAGUUGUUCACUUCCUCCACCAGAGGAACAUGUCUACCAGAAUAUCAAAUUAGAAAACAUUCUAGUGGAUGUAGCAGGAAAUCCAAAGCUUUGUGACUUUGUUAUGGCAGCUAAACUCACAAAGGGACAGAUGGGGAAGAUGUGUGGUCCCCUGCUCUACCUGACCCCAGAUACCUUGACAGGAAAACAGUGUAAUGGCCUUACAUUUGACACAGAACUUGGACGUCCUUCUUAGUGUCAUGCUCGCAGAUCACUUCCCAUACUUAGAAACAACUCUUUCAGGCAUGCACCAGCUCAUCACCACCACAAUGUAUCAUCUUACUUGUCACUUGUCCAAAACCAGCCAAGUUAUUAUUGCAAGAUUGCUCAUGGUCCUCCCAUCCCCAUGGUAUAUAAUAGUAGGUCAUCUAGUGGAACACACAUGGCUGUGCCACAUCCAAGAACAUGUAUCAAUUGUCUCUAAAGAAAUAAUUUUGAAGACCAUGUGUAUGAUUGGGUGUAUAGUCUGUAGGAAUUCAUGCUAUAUGUAAAACAUAGGUUACAAAAUGAGCUAAAUUCAAUAUAUUGAAACAUCAGUUGACCUGUGGGGAUAGCUAUCUCCUGACUGUGAGGCCCUAUUUAAAUACCCGUGCUUCAGGGCCCCUUUCCUUACCUGCCCUUGAAGAAGAAAGUGAACUUCUUUAUUACCUGAGAAGAAUCACCUGCAUAAGGAUGAUGAAUGAAUGAAGAAGGGCUGCAGAAGGCAUGGCAUGCCCCAUGUAGGUAUCACAGACAAGGAAAGUGAAGCUGUGAAUGUUUGGAGGAUAUUGAAGUUGAUGUGACUUUGGGUGGUACUCUACCUGAUGAGCAGUCCCCACCAGAGUCAGCCUAGGAUGCAACAACCAUAGGGCUAAAUGAAGAGAACAAGAGCUUGUGCCCUGUGAAACCAUCAACAGGGCCAGCCACACCCAGUGACCAGCUCCAGGUUGAACCUAUAGACUCUGGCUCCAAAAUGGCUAGGGGGGAAUGGCUGAAGGGGAAUGAGAAGGUGAAUUAUUUGAAUAUUUACAACACCUUGCUGCUGUCUGCUCAUCCAAAGGUGAGCCAUGAAUACUUGUAAGGAGCUGCAAAGAAAGGAGACGGGAAUGGGGACCACUAGUUUAGGGCAUCAAAAUGCAUGUCUACAUUUUAUUUUAAUGCUUUUUGAUGUCCCUUGCAAAUGACAAAUUAUACUAAUUUAUGGUGUACAAGACUUAAGGUGUCUAUCUUUUUAGAAGGAACAAGUUUACAGUCUCCCUCUCAUGUAGAUUCUUGGAAUGUUGAACCAGAUGUAGAUAGCAGAGCACAGUGACUAGAGGAUGGGAGGGAGGAAGGAGAGUUUUGCAAAGGAGGCAAAGGUUCAGAAGGGGAGGAGUCAAGUUCAGGACUCGGUUACAGCAAGGUGGCUUAGCACUAAGCACUGUCUAUAUCAACACGACUAACAGAGGCCUUUUCGUGUGUCUUCUUUGAAGUGGUGAAGUAGAGAAGACCUGGUGCAGAUGGACAGCCACUGAAGGGAGCCAGGCCAGAGCGUCAGGGUGCUGUGUGCCCAUACACCCAGGGCACAGGCUCCCAUAGCCAUUCUCCUCCAUUAGAUCUCCUCUGUCAGCUCCCCGCUUGCUCAGCCUGGCACUGCUGGCUGAACAGAUAGGAGGUGUCAUGUGAUGUUUGCCUAAUGAAGGCCUACCUCCCCAGCUCCUGCAGAACAUCUACCCUGGAAGCAAGACUGACAGGCCUCCUCUGGUGAUGACUCUUCGUAUCCCAGGGUCCCACAGACACGAUUCCUCAACACAUAUUUGACUGCACUUUGGGAUUGUUUUGGUUCACUGUGCCAAGAUGUUGCCAGAAAACCUCUUUGAAGAAGCUCAGACUUCCCCUUCAUGACUAGCACAGGAUGGUGUGAGAAGCCUCUUGAGUCUGGUUUUCUUUCCUGAAGAUCCUUUCUUGUGUGGUGCUGCUGUCAUAGAGAACCCGAAUUUGGUUCUCAAAGCCCAAAUAGUGAGCUUAAUGUCACUGUUACCUACAGUGAAAGGUCCUGCAAAAUUGUGGUUGAAUUUCAUUGUCUUCUCAUUAGAUGUGUCUGCUGAAGAGUAGGUGGUUGGCUUCAGACUGUGAAGAGUUCACCUUGUGCCACACACACAUCCUCAUCCAGAAUGCAGAAUUCCCUGCAGAACUUCCAGAAAGGAGCUAUCAUGACUUUGACUGUGAUUGGGAAGGGCAGAAGGAUGCUGGAAUUGAGUUCAAAAUUCACAAAGAGCAAGCAAGGUCCUGCACACGCUGGGAAAAAAGGCAGGCAAGCUUAGUCAUUAUGGAGCUUUCUGCUCCACAUUUCUGCUGAGUGGAUAUGUCAACAAACGUCAGCAAGUGGAAUCCUCUGAAAAUCUUAUUCACACAGAAAGGAAGAGGCGAUGUCUCAUUUGCAAACACAAAUGAUCUGGAAGGGGCCCAUACAUCAGGUAUAUGGUCUACUGUAUUCAGCUCCAGUCCCAGGCACACACAGUGCUCUAGUUGGCCACAGCCCACACAUGCCCAGACACAAAAAAAUUAGCCAUCAUGAUCUUUGUUUUUUCAUGGUUUUGUUUCAGGUGUCUUUAGAAAAUGUAUACCUCAGAAGUUAUCGAUUUUUUUAAGAGAGGAAACUAGCUCAUGGUUUUUUAAAUCAUUGUUUUUGUUUCAUCAUAUAUAACUGUGAAACAUUAGGAUAAUAAAAAGCUUCAUCAAUAA